AGUUAUUAUUGUCCUGUUUUAUUUCUAAACUCUAAAACUUCUUCAAUAUUUUUGAAUUUAUUUAUAAACUCUAAGCUGAAGCUUUUCCUUUACCAAAUAUUGGGGAUAUUGAGUCAUAUUCUGCGAACCAAGAAAUCCUUAAAAUCUUUGAUAUUUCAGUAUUUCUUCAUACUGAUAUUUCAGUAUUUUUUUCAGUAUUUCUUCUUCACUGAAUAGGAGCCAUUACUCUAGGUUUUUCUUUAAUUAACUUAAAAUUCAAAUUCAAAUUGAAGCCCAGCGAACCUGAAGAGUUUUCUUUCUUUACGAAUCAGUAACAUCCUUGACCGAUCAAACUCAACAACCCCCUAAAACACUUCAAUAAAAAGCUCAUGGGGAAACCCAAAAUCUUGACACUAAAACUGAUAACGCCACGACUAAAUUAAUCAUUCUCAUGCAGUUUGAUUGUUUCUAGAGCAACGUGGGUUGAAUUAAUUGAUAUGAAAAGCAAACUUGACGAAGAGAGGUUGAUCUAGACCUUAAAAUUUAAAUUUUAUUUCAUCAAACACAAACAUAUCAAACAAGGAUACAAACAAAUAAUACAAAAUAUUUCUUAUCGCAAUGUUUUGGCGUCUUCUUGGCUUGUUUCCUUUUAACUUUAUCAUGGCUCCUCCUUUGGAAUAACAUGCCGCGUGGAAUCUCCUUUUCAGACUGCAGAUACUGGUAUUGAAGCGGGUAUUGGGACAAUUAUAAGUGGUGCCAUGGGUGUCUUUGGCACCGUCAUAUCCUGCUUCACAAUUGAUCGUUUUGGCCGUCGUGUACUCCUGCUCAUAUCAAUGUCCGUCAUGUGUGUAACAAUUUGCGGCCUUGGGGUGUAUUUCUAUUUGGAUAUACACAGUAGUACCGAAGGAUUGGGCUGGCUUCCCCUGGUAUGCCUUGCAAUCUACAACACGGCCUUUGCUAUGGGCAUAGCCCCGGUGCCGUGGCUCAUGAAUGGGGAGCUCUUUGCACCGGAUGUGAGGGCAACGGGUGCUGGAAUUGCCACCAUGACAACAUGGGUGUUAGCAUCUGUAAUCACAAAGACAUUUGUGAAUCUCGAGGCUGCCAUUGGGAAACCCGGAACCUACUGGCUCUUCACGGGCUUCUCCUUCGUUGGUGUCCUCUUUAUUGCAUUUGUCGUACCCGAGACUAAGGGGAAGUCUCUCGUUGAAAUUCAAAAAAUGCUGGAAUAAAUGAUUUUCUUCAUUCCUCUGGAGCCUCUGGCUUGCUCCCACAUAAAUCUUUAUAAUCUAUUCCAAUAAACUUUGCACCAAAGCUCCACCAUGUAUGUAGUGUCGAGUGAAAAUAAACCAAUGAGCACUUUCGUCAAUUUUUUCAACCAAUCAGAGGAAACUUCUGAUUCUUCUUCUUAUUUAUUUAAAAUUCAACAAGAGAUUUUAAAGGGAUUUAAUUGGCUAACGAGCUUAGCUCCACCCACAGACUUCAACAAACUUGUGGAGCUUCAGUGCAAAUGUGCUUUGAAUGGAGUAUUCCGUGUUUUCCUCUCUGGUGUGUUCUGCCCGAUGUCUGGCAUCCAACUGCAGGGCAAUUUAUUGCUCUGCUGAGCCCUCUGUCUCAUAUAUUGCUCCAAUUGCCCAUAGGGGAGAUUAAAAGUUAUGUCUGGGUGGAAAAUUAAUUAAUUGGAAGGCUUUAUUUGUCAAAAUUCAGAUGAUUAGAUAAUCAUCUUCACUGGACGCCUGUCAAUCAUUCCUCCUUAGUUUUUGCUCCUCUUCUGCCCUCCCCAAUAUAGGUUCCACAACAAGGUUAACUGUUCUCGUUCUGUUUGAAUUCGGAGUCUCUGAUGCUCUUCCCUCUAUCGGCUCAAUCUAAUAUUUUAAUUCAAACUCUGUAGCCCAUCUGUCUUCUAGAAGAUCCUCCUCCGUAAUAUAUAGUCUACUAACAUAUUAUG